AAUAAGGAUGGUGACCAAACCCAUGGUGACCGCGAAGCAUCAAGAUCUGGACGGAAGAACUCCGCAAAAACCUACUUUAACCAAAUAAAGGACUUCUACUGUGCACCUCAAACCAGAUUCGUCAACAACUUUAUUCUCUCUGUGCUUCUCAUUAUCGCAUUUUCGUUAGCUAUCUUACUUUGGAGGUCGUAUUCAUACUCUCGAAUUCCCUACAUAGUUAGUUAUGGCCUCUUCUUUGGAAUUCUGCUUGAGAACAUUAGAUCGGGUAUCGUAAGAGGAGGUGGCUUCAAACAGUACCUUGCCAGCAGUUGGAACCUCGUAUUCUUCGCCUGUAUAUGCCUUUUCAUCCUUGGCAACCUCUCCUCCAUGCCCCGUAUUAAGGAUUAUCCCAGUUUGAUCUGGCUGACGAGGCUUUUCUUGGCAAUUCAUCUGCUGGUUGGUUUCGCCUUCCUUUUCCGUUUCUUCGUCGCCAGUCGGUCCAUCGGUCCAAAACUGUUGAUGAUUCACAAAAUGGUACUCGGUGACCUCCUCCCCUUUCUGGCUAUCAUCAUCAUCUUCUGGCUUUCAUUCACUGUUUUUCUGGUCGCCAUAAUCUAUAAGCCAAAUCCAGACGACCCUUAUCGAUCUCAAGUGAAAGAAUUCUUUGUUGGCAUGAGGAAUUCUUUCUUUGCGAUGUUUGGUGAAUUCAACAUAGACGAUAACAUCGACGCCCUAGACAAGUUGGAAGAGGAAUGCUCUGCCACGGAUGGUUGUAUCUAUCCUUUCUACGACUGGUCGUAUCCCCUUGUAUAUGCCGUUUAUGUGCUCUGUACACAUGUGAUCCUUAUAAACCUGCUCAUCGCUAUGUUUACGUAA